AACUCUAAACUGGAUCAGGCAGAAGUCAAUGACAUCACCUUUUCUCCUUAUCCCAAGGAUCAGCCCCCAUGUUACUGUGGCACCGUUUGUUAUUCUCUCGCAUCUGAGAAUUUCUAAAAAGAGACUAAAAUUUCUCUGUUAGCAUAUUCCUAUCAUAUUGACCAGGUUUCUUUGCAAAGAAAAGAAGCAGAAAGAUAGAACUGUUAAUAGCAGAAAGCAACAAACAUUUUUAAGACACCACAUGUCUCCACUGGAAGAUCUCCUGGCAUAAAUUGUUUAAAAUUGAGCAUAAUUUGGUGUCCAAAUAUGAUUAUGACUCCUUACCGCACUGCUAACUUUUGAUUUCUUUCUGGUGCUUUUGACCACGUGAAUUUACUGUUAUUCAUACUUUUACUUAUAUAUAACUUUCAAAAUCUCAAUUGGUCAAGGGUGAAACCUUAAAGUGAACCGAUUUACAAUUAUUCUAACAUCAGCCGCUCAUGGGAGUAGGAAAAGCAAAUGAAGGCGAUUAAACGGGUUGAAACAAACCAAAAAUAUUAACAGCUUGUCACUUAAAGUCUGUUUAAAAUCAUCUUAAGACUGCAGGAAACAAUCUCAUGUAUACAUGAGGGAGAUCUCGGAAACUCCUCUCAGAAAGGCCUGGACUUGUCAUUUUGUUGGUCUUUCAACUUUUAAAGUGUUGAACAUUUGCAGAUUCCUGACUAUAACUUGUUUUUCCAAAGUUUACUUGAAGAUUCUGCUUUUUGGGAUAGAAUUAUUUCUUCUGAUGAUGAUGCUGACGACGUGUGAAGAAAUCGUGUUUCUCAAUAAUAAGAGGAGGAGAGAGUAAAACAAAGCUGCAUAAAGGAAGAGGGCAGACUUUCUUCUGGAUCUCCUGCCAGAAAUGAAAAGCUGUCACACAGCGAGAGGAACCAUGGAGGAAAGAACGCCACAGAACCUGCUGCUUUGUCUGAGUUUCCUCCUGUGCUGCACAAUAAACCAAGUCCUCCCAGCUGCUCUGACUGUGAGUCCCGACAGAGCUCAGUUCUUUCAAGGACAGUCUGUGUCUCUGAGCUGUGAGGAGGACAAAAGCUCUGCUGGAUGGACUGUGAGGAGAAACACAACCACAGACACCAGGACUGAGUGUAAAGGAUGGGGAGAAUCUGCUGGUUGUAGCAUCUCCUACUUGCGUCCAUCAGACAGUGGACAGUACUGGUGUGAGUCCAGAGAGGGAGCAGUCAGCAGCUUCAUCGAGCUCAAUAUCACUGGUGGAUCAGUGAUAAUGCACAGUCCUGUCCUCCCUGUGAUGGAGGGAAAUGAAGUCACUCUGAGCUGUCAGAAAGAGAAAGGUCCCUCCAACCUCCAAGCUGCUUUCUAUAAAGAUGGCUUCCUCGUCAGGACUGAGCCUACAGGUCACAUGACCCUCCACCAUGUGACCCCCUAUGAUGGAGGCCUCUACAGGUGUGGCAUCAUCGGUUAUGGAGAGUCUCCAACCAGCAGGCUCUCUGUCACAGCGAAACCCUACGUCCCUCCCCCUCGACGUUCUUCUGGCUCCUCCUCGUCUCUUCAUGUCGUCUUGCUCCCUCUUGCUUCAUUUGUUGUGUUUUCACUGGUGUGACUGUUUCUAUCAAUGAAGCCACAUCGCCACUAGUCAAGCAGUAAGACACAAACGUCAUGAUUCACUAUUGCUCCUUAAUCACAAUGUUGAAUUUGUGUUACCACAUUUUAAACAUAUGUUUGCAUAAAAUAAACAGAAAGUCAUUUAAAAGAAUUCAAACCAAAGAGAGUCCCUCCUCACCAUAAAAAUGUAUUUUUAUUUUAAUUUAAAAGAAAACACCAUCCCUGCUUUAGAGUCCCGUGGUUCAUGCUUUACACCACUACAUGUGAAGUUGAUGGAAAUUGUUAAAUCAACCUUGUCCUUGACCCUAUCUGACCCCAGGCUAUUCCUCCUAGUCAGAUCUAAACAGUGUCUAAUCCCUAAUCAGCUGAUUCUGAAAGGCCCAUGCUGCUUCUCCAUGUCUGGUUCUGGUUCUGGUUCUGCAGAGCAGGCUGGAGCCAGAAGACCUGAGUGGU